AUGCCUUUAUUUAAGCAUUAUUUGUGUGACAACAAAAAAAGAAAAUUAAUUUUUAAAUUAUUUAUUUGUUCUGUAUUGUUUAAUAUAGUUAGUGGAGCCCCUAGAAAAAAUAUAGAAGUUAAAGAAGGCAAUAGAAUUGAAAAAAUGGAUGAAGAAAAUAGACAGUUUAUUAAAAAUAUGAGGCUGAGGGCGUUAGGCAAUAUUCAACGUUCCCUAGAAUCCUACUCCUCCCUAACAGCAAACUCGUUAAUGUUAAAAACAGCACUAGAAACACCCGAAUCUGUUGGUGAUCAAGAUGAGGAUGAAGAAGAUUUUGUAUUAGAAAUAAAUUCCUUAUCAACAACACGGGGACCAGCAACAACCCCUCCCUCCCCUUUAACGGAAUCGCAAACAAGCAAACAUCGACAUUCUGGUCUAAGACGGAUUAAGGCAGAUUUAAGAAGAAUUCCUUCUUCCUCUACCUCCACAUACGAAAAUUCAAACAGCGAAGAACCCUCUAUAUUAACAACAGCACCUCCCAGAAAGCUUCGUUCAGCAGUUAAUGUUGUUGCUAUACAACAAGAACAACAACAACUAAAUUUAAAAAAUAAUGGAGGGCAUUACAGCACUCAUCAUCAACAUCAUAGGAGGAGAAGAAAAGGUGCUUAA